GAACCGCUUGCACCCAGAGCUGUGGACUUUGACUGCUGUGCGUCCCGUCUGCUCCUCCCCUCCUACCCCCAGCGGACUCAGAGCCUCACUCCGGGGCGUGUCCUGCCUCCCUCCGCUCACAGUGGUCCACUCUGACCGCUCCAGUGGCGGCGGAGCGGCGGCUGCGGGAGCUGGAGCAGCGGUGCGAGCCACCCGAGAAGCAGCGGUGGCCUCGGCCAGGCGCUCGGGGCCGGCGCCUGUGUGGAGCAAGAGGAGCAGGGGUAGGGUGGGUGGCAGCGGCUCUGAGCCUCGGAAAGAGCCGGCGCCUCCCAGCUGGGAUUCUGCUGUUCUUAUCAACCUCCUGCUGGCCCGCGGGGAGGUAGCACCGAGCUGGGGACACUGGUGUGGGCAAACAUGUGCAGCAACAGCUAGAGGCCUCGGGACAGGUUAACGUGUGGUCCAAGAGUGGAGAGACGAGAGGCAAAGGGUGCCUUAGACCAUGGCAGCCUCCAGCCUGGACUUCGGGGAGGUGGAAACUUUUCUGGAUAGGCACCCAGAGUUGUUGGAAGAUUAUUUGAUGCGGAAAGGGAAGCAGGAGCUGGUGGACAAGUGGCUACAAAGGCACAGUCCGGGACAGGGGGCUUCAGGCUUGAAGCAUGCCUUGGCUGGCACUGGUAGCUUGGCUCAGGGUAGUAGCAGAGGCAGCACUGGGAUGGGUGGUGGUGCUGGACCCCAGGGCUCUGCCAACACCCAUCCCAUGCCCGGUGGUGGGGAAAGUGCUGGUGUUCCCCUGAGUCCCAGCUGGGCUAGUGGCAGCCGGGGUGAUGGGAACCUGCAGCGGAAAGCUUCGCAGAAAGAGCUGCGGAAGAGCUUUGCCCGCUCCAAAGCCAUCCAUGUGAACAGGACCUACGAUGAACAGGUGACUUCCCGGGCCCAGGAGCCCAUGAGCAGUGUCCGGCGGAGGGCCCUGCUCAGGAAGGCCAGCUCUCUGCCCCCUACCACAGCCCACAUUCUCAGUGCCCUGCUGGAAUCCAGGGUGAAUCUGCCUCAGUAUCCCCCUACGGCCAUCGACUACAAAUGCCACCUCAAAAAGCAUAACGAACGUCAGUUUUUCCUGGAACUGGUCAAGGACAUCUCCAAUGACCUUGACCUCACCAGCCUAAGCUACAAGAUUCUCAUCUUUGUCUGUCUCAUGGUGGACGCUGACCGCUGCUCUCUCUUCUUAGUGGAGGGGGCAGCUGCUGGCAAGAAGAGUUUGGUCUCCAAAUUUUUUGAUGUGCAUGCUGGAACCCCACUACUCCCCUGCAGCAGCACAGAGAACUCAAAUGAGGUGCAGGUCCCCUGGGGCAAAGGCAUCAUUGGCUAUGUCGGGGAACAUGGAGAAACUGUCAACAUUCCUGAUGCCUAUCAGGACCGAAGAUUCAAUGAUGAGAUUGACAAGCUAACUGGAUACAAGACAAAAUCCCUAUUGUGCAUGCCUAUCCGGAGCAGUGACGGUGAGAUUAUCGGUGUAGCCCAAGCAAUAAAUAAGAUUCCUGAGGGUGCUCCAUUUACGGAGGAUGACGAAAAAGUUAUGCAGAUGUAUCUUCCAUUCUGUGGAAUCGCCAUAUCUAACGCUCAGCUCUUUGCUGCCUCGAGGAAGGAAUAUGAAAGAAGCAGGGCUUUGUUGGAGGUGGUCAAUGACCUCUUUGAAGAACAGACGGACCUGGAGAAGAUUGUCAAGAAAAUAAUGCAUCGGGCCCAAACUCUGUUGAAAUGUGAACGCUGUUCGGUUUUACUUCUAGAAGACAUUGAAUCACCAGUGGUGAAGUUCACCAAAUCCUUUGAACUGAUGUCCCCAAAGUGCAGCGCUGAUGCUGAGAACAGUUUCAAAGAAAGCAUGGAGAAAUCAUCCUACUCCGACUGGCUGAUCAAUAACAGUAUCGCUGAGCUGGUUGCUUCGACAGGCCUUCCUGUGAAUGUCAGCGAUGCCUACCAGGACCCGCGCUUUGAUGCUGAGGCUGACCAGAUAUCUGGUUUUCACAUAAGAUCUGUUCUCUGUGUCCCUAUUUGGAACAGCAACCACCAAAUAAUUGGGGUUGCUCAAGUUCUAAACAGACUCGAUGGGAAACCUUUCGAUGAUGCAGACCAGCGGCUUUUUGAGGCUUUUGUCAUCUUUUGUGGCCUCGGUAUCAACAACACAAUUAUGUAUGAUCAAGUGAAGAAGUCCUGGGCCAAGCAGUCCGUGGCUCUUGAUGUGCUGUCCUACCAUGCUACGUGUUCCAAGGCUGAAGUCGACAAGUUUAAGGCAGCCAACAUCCCUCUGGUGUCAGAACUGGCCAUUGAUGACAUCCAUUUUGAUGAUUUUUCCCUUGAUGUUGACGCCAUGAUCACAGCUGCUCUCCGGAUGUUCAUGGAGCUGGGGAUGGUACAGAAAUUUAAAAUCGACUAUGAGACCCUGUGCAGGUGGCUUCUGACAGUAAGGAAGAACUACCGAAUGGUCCUCUACCACAACUGGAGACAUGCCUUCAACGUGUGCCAGCUGAUGUUUGCCAUGCUCACCACUGCUGGGUUUCAAGAGAUUCUGACGGAGGUGGAAAUUUUAGCAGUGAUUGUGGGAUGCCUGUGUCAUGACCUCGACCACAGGGGAACCAACAACGCCUUCCAAGCUAAGAGUGACUCUGCACUGGCUCAGCUCUACGGGACAUCAGCAACCUUGGAGCAUCACCAUUUUAACCAUGCGGUGAUGAUCCUUCAGAGUGAGGGUCACAACAUCUUUGCUAAUUUGUCCUCCAAGGAAUACAGUGACCUCAUGCAGCUUCUGAAGCAGUCGAUACUAGCCACAGACCUCACGCUGUACUUUGAGAGGAGAACUGAGUUCUUUGAACUUGUCAGUAAAGGAGACUACGAUUGGAACAUCAAAAGUCACCGUGACGUGUUUCGAUCGAUGUUAAUGACAGCCUGUGACCUUGGAGCCGUGACCAAACCGUGGGAGAUCUCCAGACAGGUGGCUGAACUUGUAACCAGCGAGUUCUUUGAACAAGGAGAUCGGGAGAGGUCUGAACUCAAACUCACUCCCUCAGCUAUUUUUGACCGGAACCGGAAAGACGAACUGCCUCGGUUGCAAUUGGAGUGGAUUGAUAGCAUCUGCAUGCCUCUGUAUCAGGCCUUGGUGAAGGUCAAUGCAAAAUUGAAGCCGAUGCUGGAUUCAGUGGCUGCCAACCGAAGGAAGUGGGAGGAGUUACAUCAAAAAAGACUACAGGUCUCUGCUGCCUCCCCGGACCCUGUGAGUCUCCUAGCAGCAGGAGAGGAUGGAUUGUAA